GACGGAUACCGGGUUCCGGGCUCAGCCCCGGACCUCCUCGCGGGGACCGUAGGGGGGUAUCAGGCUCCGGGCUCAGCCCGGGUUGUCUCGCGAGGACCUAAUGGGCACUGGGCACUGGGCUCCCGGGAAGCCUCGGCCGCGUCCUUGCUGCCUAGACACCCUGGGGAAAUCUCAGAUCCUGCAGUUCUCUGGCCAGUGAGGGGAGUGUGGUGCGGCGUUUAAGGGGACAACGUUAAAAGUCGGACUUAGACCUGAGAUUAUUCUCUUGAGUUCAGAUGUUGCUCUGUUGUGCAGAUGGUAGCAUUGUAGAUGGGCACGAGGCUCGUGAGGAGCAAUAGACUUGGUUUGCAUUAUUUGUGCUGAGGAGACAGCAGUUGAAGGCUCUGCUGCCUGCUGGACACCAUGGGCUCUGCAGUCUGUGACCUCGGCCAGGAAGAUGCUGGUCCCCAGGGGUUGCAGAGUGAGCCUGUCCAUCAUCGCACCCAGAGCCAUCUGCGAGGUCUGCAGCCCCUCAGACCUAACCUGUCUCGAUGAGGCAAGCGGGAUGCGCACCACAUGUUCCCAUUGUUAUUUAGAAGUGAAAUAAGGGAAGCUUGAAUGCUGUGUUGCAGUCUCUGCACGUUUGUUCUGGCAUAGAGUGGUACGGAAGAGGACACCAUAAAUUACCCACACGAGAGAUUUCGACCGUGUUUUUGCAAAAGCGUGUCUUAGUUUUGGCAGUGAUAAAUAAUUGGUAAUUUUUUUCAGCUAUACGCUGAGAAAGGAUCAUUUUUAUAACAAUGAUGUAUUUGUUUUUUGUUUCCUUAUUGUCAUCUUGAGUACACAAUUACUUGAUAUUAUUUAAAAUUAGCUUAAAAGUUAUACCUUAGUGAACAGCUUGCUUGGUUUUUAAGAAAUGAGAAGAUAGUGAAAGUCAAUAUAGGGACGUCUCAGUCAACUUAGUUCUUUUUUAUGAGAAUUUGUAGUUUUGAAAUACUGUUAGUAUAUCUUUUGACUGUUUUGAGCAGUUUUAGGCCUUACCUGAAAACAAAGGGAACAGGUCUUCUGAAUCUAUCAGCUAUCCUUUGGACUCUGAGGACCAUGUGAAAACAGUGUUAGACAAAUCAUUUCUGAUAUUAAAAUGACUAUGUCAGUAUGUGAGUUAAUCUAGGGAUCUUUGGAGGGGUUUGUUUCUUAUGCAUAUGGAUAGACUAAAGGGGAACAAGAGGUGGGUAAUAGAAUGAGCUUUCUGAAACAGGGGAAACUUUAUUUAUUUAUUUUUUUAAGGAAGUAGCUUUAAAAAAGGUAAAUGGUUUGGGAAAUAUUGAACUUUUGCUCUCCGCUUUAGGAUUUAGUUGUGUCAUGGCUUUCUCCAGAGUUUUUUUAGCUUUAUCUGUAACUAUGUUGUAAAACACAACAGUAUUUUCUUAUUUUUCCAUACAAAGAUAAAUGCUUCUCUCACUUUUUUGGGUGAAAAUGGCUAGAAGGCUGAUUUUAAACAGAACAAGGGAUUUUGCUGAUUUUAAAUAGAAUUUAAGGGAUUUCUCUUUUGUGCAUUUGAAUGGAUUCAUUUAACAUAACCUUGUGUUCAAAAUGUAUUCUAGCUUCAAAGAGGUGUGGAGGAGUGUAUAAAUCUACCACGCUAUAUUAAUGUUUUGAAUGUUUACCGACAGCUGGUUACACUAAAUACUCCUCUUCACAUUUUGGGGUAGAAGAUAUUUUCAGUGUAUUGAAAGGACUGUUACAAGAAGCAGGUACAACAUGAGCUAAAGUGUCAUUCAUUCAUUGCUCCAAGCCUUGAGUCUGCUUCUUUGUGGUUGAUGCACUGCUGUGGGUGUUGAAUGAUGUCAUAAUGAUCGUGGCACUAACUGGUGGAUUACUCCAGUAAUAAGGUUGUCUGCUGCAGUUCUAAGAUGGGCCCAGGUAUACCAUGGUAACAGUGUAGCAUCACCAGCAAGAAGGAAGUGGAAGUGAAUGUAGUAGGCAUGGGGCCGCCAGCAUGAGUCUCAAUUUCAGUGAUGACUUUUGUGAAAUGAACUUGGAGAGCAGUUGGAAUUUGAUCACCUCUUGGCUUGAAUGAAGCUGGUAAAUUAAUCUGAGGCCAGAUGAUAUGUGGCCUAGACUGCUCACCGGCAUGGUUCCCUGGUAACGAGUCCCUGUGGACAACUACAGCCGCGCCAUCCAGCCAUCGAAGCACCCCAGUCAGGAGGCAUAGCAUAGCUUCCGACAGCGGGGACACCGGCAUUGGGACCUCCUGUUCCGACAGUGUGGAAGAUCACUCCACGUCUAGUGGUACCUUAUCGUUUAAGCCCAGUCGCUCGAUCAUCACCCUGCCCACUGCACAUGUGAUGCCGUCCAGCUCCAAGCACAGGGACUCGCUGGCAUCUGAUGGCUCAAGGUGGAAUGCAGGCCUCUUGCAAGCACUGGGUGACCAUGAUAGUGGUGAGAGGGACUCUUGUCUGGACAUGAAGGGCUCUCGGCCCCUCCGGAAAUGGUCAUCUUUGUCCAGACUUGCUGGCCCUGAGGGCUGUGGCCCAGCUGGCAUAGUGCACAUGGAGCAGUGCAGGGUCGGCCUGGAGAAAGCUGGGCGGGGCACAGCCUCCACAUUGCCGUGGAGGACGGUGGGGCCCAGCUGCCUGCAUGACGGCGUGGAGGUGCUCAGGCCGGAGGACAUGGGGCGCAGCAGUAGACGGGCAACAGCACUGGACUGCAAGUACAAGUUUGAGAGCUGCAGCCCUAAGGAGGACUUCCAAGCCUCCUCCUCCGCUCUCAGGAGGCAGCUCCUGGACAUGACAUACAGUGCCUUACCCGAGAGCAAGUCCCUCGCGGCAGGUCCGGACACCUUGGGGUCGCCCAAGUACUUAGUGCUUGGCCAGCAGUCAGUGGGCGGAGUGCCCAUCCAGCCCUCCGUACGAACUCAGAUGUGGCUCACAGAGCAGUUAAGGACAAACCCUCUGGAAGGCAGGACCACGGAGGAUGCCUACAGUCUGGAGCCAUGGCUGCAGCAGCCUGGGGAGGAGCUGCAGCCAGGCAGUGAGGCCCCGCUGCAGGCUCUGACGGUGUCGCGGCAGAGUUACUCGCCGUCUGGCUUUCAGGAUUUCAGCAAGUGGGAAUCAAUGCUGAAGAUAAAAGAAGGACUUCUGAGGCAGAAAGAAAUUGUUAUUGAUCGGCAGAAGCAACAGAUUAGCCACCUCCAUGAGAGAAUAAGGGAUAAUGAAUUGCGGGCACAGCAUGCCAUGUUAGGACAUUAUGUAAACUGUGAAAAUCCCUAUGUGGCUAAUUUGCAGCUGCAGUUCGAGGGAGCCUCCCUGCAGACUACAGGUAUGGAGCAACCUGCAGCCCAGCCCCAGUCUGAAGGCCUGGAGCAGAAACUGGCGUCUACUGAGAAGGAUGUUUCGCAGCUCAAUGACUUUCUCACACAGAGGAUAAGCCAGUUCGGUGAGGAGAGAAAGAAGCUGGAGGAGAAGCUUAAAACCAGAGACAGAUACAUCAGCAGCUUGAAGAAGAAAUGCCAGAAGGAAUCUGAACAAAACAAAGAGAAGCAAAGGAGAAUUGAGACCCUGGAAAAGUACCUGGCAGAUCUUCCAACUCUGGACGACGUGCAGAGCCAGAGCUUGCAGCUGCAGGUUCUAGAAGAAAAAAAUAAAAAUUUGCAAGAGGCUUUGAUAGAUACAGAAAAAAAGCUUGAAGAGAUCAAAAAACAAUGUCAAGACAAAGAGACACAGUUAAUAUGCCAGAAAAAGAAGGAAAAGGAGUUAGUAACUUCCAUUCAGAGUUUGCAGCACAAAGUAGAAAGAUGCCUUGAGGAUGGAAUUCGCCUUCCCAUGUUAGAUGCAAAACAGCUGCAGAGUGAAAAUGAUGACCUCAGAGAACAAAGCGAGGCGGCCAGCAAGAUAAUAAGCAGCCAGCAAGAUGAAAUUAACAAGAUGACUUUAGAACUUCAGUCCAUCCAAGGGAAGCUUUCUAAAGAGAAGUUGACCACACAGAAGAUGAUGGAAGAGCUGGAGAGGAAAGAAAGAAACUUCCAGAAAUUAACAGAAGUACUGCUUGAGAACCACAGACAGACAGAAGAGUCUCAUUCUCUGCUAGGCCAGGGUGAGGAGUCAGAGCCUCCAAGGCAACAGCCGGGGCCUCCCACAGCGCCACUCUCCGACCUGGCAGUGAUCGAUCAGCUCUUCAAGGAGAUGUCCUGCUGCCUGUUCGACUUGAAGGCACUGUGCAGUAUUCUCAACCAGAGGGCCCAGGGCAAGGAGCCCAACCUCUCGUUACUGCUGGGAAUCAGGUCCAUGAACUGUUCAGCUGAAGACACGGAGAUUGACCACAGCCCAGAAACGCUCAGUAAGAAGCUGUCGGACGUGUGUCAGCUGCGGAGGGACAUCGACCAGCUGAGGACGACGAUAUCCGACAGCUAUGCUCAGGACAUGGGGGACAACUGCAUCACCCAAUGAUGACGGCGGGCAUCCGCAAGUGCUGCUGACUUAGCAGGGCUGUGGAUUUGUGUUAUUGAGGCAAAUGAUGUAUGUGAGGAGGUUGUGAAGGGCUAUUAGGCAAAAAAUCAAAUUACCAUUUGAAAGAUGUGAUAAAGUCUAAGAAGACAUCUGUUUUCUAAAACUACUGAUUGUAGGGCCAGGCUGUGAACAGUGCCCUUCAGAAGGGGUAGGAGUUGUUUGCUCCUGUAGUUUUCUGUCACUGUGUGUGCACGUGUGCGUGGGGUUUGGGUGUGUGUGUAUGUUAUUCACAAAGUCUCUAAGGCUUUUAAGGGUCACAGUGUAGAGCUUCCAAGGGAGGGCUGGCGGGGCAGGCUGUGCAGCAGGCAGGUGUGGGGCAGGAGGAAGCAGGGCCCCCCAUUUGUGCCCAACAGUCACCGAGCUGAGGCUGUGGCUUGGUGGCUUUUGGUCCUGUAGGGAAUUUGUGUAUCACCAGAAGGUUUAACGUCAUUUGAACUGAUUUUAGCAGGCCUCUUAAUGUUUCCAGGUUUUAUUUACAUGUUACACGUAUCAUUGUAAACAGAGCCGUCUGUAUGAUUAGUGCAAGCCCUCUGAGGCCCAGAUCAUCAUUUUUAAAGACAGAUUGACAGAGACUUUGGAAGAGUAGCUUAUUUAUCCACAUUUCAAUGUUUACAGUUUAACAGUUUUGUACCUGUUUAAAGUUUAAAGUACCUUAGGAAAAAGCCAGCUCCUAUUCCUUAUCUCUGAACUAACCCUAUCACAAAACAGAAUCUAAGCAGAGCUGAGAUUUUUAUGCCCCGUGAGGUAUGCUUCCUUGAGGUGGGGCUGUGUGUACAGUGAAGUUGACCAGGCCUGCUCCACCAGGUGUCAGGCGUGGUGCAGUUGCAUGCAGGGUGGACGUUCAGGUGUGCAGGUACCUACAUCCGUGUGCCUGUGCCAGAGAGCUGGCUGGUGUUGCGGAAGUCUGCCUGAUUUCCCUUGGGUACUUAUGCAGCCUGGAGUACCCGGCAUCAUGGCCAGCUCUGGACUCUUAAUGGUGACCGGACCCUCAGAUGUCACCAAUCCCAUUGGGGUGGACCAGUGUUGCGUGGUGGAGAUCAUCAGCGGCUGUUUCUGGGAAAGAGUUCCCUUUCCUGUGCCAUGGGAGCCUGGCAGGUUGGGGCCUACUUGAGAUGGCCUGGCAGAGGCGCUGACCCUGAGGGGCCCACCCGGGCAGGACUUAGUGACUGGAAGAGCAUGGCUGUCCAGUGUGCUCAGUUGGUUUCUAAAGUCAGUGCUUGAACACAGUCAGAGUAGUAAAAGAGCACCAAAAAUGGGGUGCAGAGGGUUCUGCCGAGCCAGAGUUAAGCUGUGAAGUUGGCCCUUCACAGUGAAGUGGGCACUGCCCGGCCCCACCAGCCACACGUAGCAGUGACUCUCACACUGUCCCACCAGGACUUCAGAAAUAAAUGGACUGACCUGCCAGUUUGGGUCCUUCAUUUCUUCCUUAAAUGUCUUGUAGGUUUUUAGUUUAGUUUUAGAGUUUUGCAGUGGUCUUGUUUUUAAGAUGAAGUUAGGAUCGUUUGUUUUCAUCUGUUUUGAAUACGGUUUUCUUCUCUGGCCUACUUGGGAUAAAAUAAUUUUUUGUUGUAGAAAGUUUUCUAAGAAAUUACAGAAUCUAAUUCCCAUAUCUCGAGGUAGCAGAGCGCUGCUCCUGCACUGCAGUUGAGGCUGUGUGCUGGGUGGGGGAGAGUGGCGCCGGGUGCAGGGAGAAGGAGCCGUCUGCGGCCUGCAAUGCUUGGAGAGAAUCUGGGCGAGGAAAACUAGUGUUACUCUAUUUGUGUUUAGUUCUGAUUUUUACUUCUCAGAAACUUGCCCUUCCCAGGACCCCAUCUUGUGUUAAAAUGGUGAUGGUGUUGGUGUCGUCCUGAAGCAGAGUUCUCUCUCAUCUCGCUGGCCUGGGCUGCUCAGUGAAGCUGUUACUACAGCCAGGUGCACUGAGACAGUCCCUGCGCAUGGCAGGAAGUCUGAGAUGUCCAGCCCUCCUUCAUUCUGCGCUUGGCUGUGGGGUGCUCAUGUGUCAUGGCCAUGGGUAAACUCCAGCUCGCUCACUGAGCUCAGGUUCAGGGCUCUGAGCAGAAGGUCAGAUCACUCGAGCAGGCGACUGCAGGCCCAGAGCCAUCAUUUCCUGCAGUGUUGGAGAGUAGGGUGAGCUGUUGGUUACUAUUUGUGAUCCUCGGUGGCUCUGAUUCUAGAAAGUGUAAUCAUUGAUUAGGUGAGCGAUGCCUGAAUUUAUUUUUUAAAAGUGUGGCCCUUUGAAUAUUUUAAAUAGGAUUCCCUAUUUAAUGUUAACAGUGUUAUAUCUUAAUGAAAUUUGUUUUGGUGUGACAGUUUACUGCACUGAAUUGGGGAUCCCUAAAUAGCUUACUGGAGACAACCCCAGACCUGGAAAGUAUUCCUGAGGUGAGUGUUGUGUGUCUCUGUCUGACCUGUAGCCUGGUGGGCAGUUCGUGUUGCACAGGACUGUGAGGGACCCUCAGGUGCUGUUUAAAGGAACCCCCUGUGUUGUAAGGAUACCAGCUCAGUGCAGGGCACGUUGGGCUGUCCCUGGCCACACCACAAGGGUGCCCUGGGUUUGGCUUUCUCCUCCAACUGCACACUACAGCGCAAGGAGGCUGCUCCCACGGCCAUCUGGGCCUCUCCUGGAGCUUCAGCUGGGUCACCUUGCUUCCCUUCGUGAGCCUUCUCUCAGUGUUCAUACGGAAGAGAAGCUAUUUCUUACUGGAUACAAAGAGUACGGUUUCCAGCUUCACUCCCAGAUGCCAUCAGUAGUGUUGGCCAUGUGAGUGUGUCACACAUUUAAUCAUGGAGGGGAAGGAUUUUGAGAGGUUUCGUAUUUCAGAGAAAUACUGAGCGUCAUAGGAGGAGGUGAUGUCUGAUCAGGAAGUCUAACACCAGUGUUUACCGCUGCUUAGGGAGAGAACCUCUUGUGCCUUUUGUCUGCAGUGAGUGCAUGCCUGGUUCUAUGUCUAGGCUCCCUGAGAGGUGUGGCUCCUGUGCCCUGUUCUGCAGAUAGAGCUGAGCCUGGAGCAGAGUUUCCAUAAUGGGGCCACGUGAGGAGUCACGGGCCCAGCUUCUGCUGUGGAGCGAGGGCUCCCUGGAGAACAGAGUGCGUAUGCAUGUGCGUGUGUGUGUGUUCAUAUGUGUGUUCGUGUAGAUGAUGUAUGAGUUGUUUUUUAAAUCUUGGAGCGUGAGCUGGGCAUCGCAUUGGUGCUGGGCAGUUGCGGAGAGCAGGAGCUCGGGCAGUCCCCCGGCCGGUGCUGUGCAUCUCGGUUCAGUUUCUGAACCACCCGUGAUACCUCGUGUAAAUACCGCAUCCCUGACGUAAGCAAGAGCAUUACUGGGAAAAGGAAUGUGAAGCCACUGGCUGGCUUAUGCCUUCUGACUAUCAUUUUUGCCUCCUUUUUUUUGUAAAGGGGUUGGUUUGUUUUGUAAUAGAGUUUACAGCUAGAAUUUUGAAUGCCAAAGUUCUAUUUAUUAAACUAAAAAAGUUUUCAAUGUUAAUGCCUAGUGUUUUUUCACUGGACUAUUAUUUGUUGAUAUUGGAAUUUGUAUUUACAGAGAAAUAAAUUUUUUAUUAAAAGA